AUGGGGAGCAAUCAGUCAGUUCUAAAAGACAAAGGCUACACAAUAGUGAGUGAAGAAGAGAAUAAAACACUGGUGAAAAAUGAAAUUGGUGAUCAGUUCAUCAUUAAAAAGCUGAACGCUGACAAGGAUGAUGUAUCAAAUUUUCUCGAAAAGCUCAAACAUCCACACAUAGUUGAACAUAAGGAAAUCAUCAAAGAUCGUCACUGUCUGUAUCUUGUAAUGGAGCUCAGUGAGGGUGGAGAUCUAACUCACAGAAUCAAACCUGAAAAGGAAGGAACUGUUGCAUUUUCUGAGGCCGAGAUUCUGGACUGGACUGUGAAGAUCUGCUUGGCAUUAAAGCACCUGCAUGAUCAACAGAUCCUCCAUGAAAACCUACAGCCAAAGAGUGUAUUUUUCACUGCAUGUGGAACCAUUCGUCUGGGAGAGUUUGGAAAGAUUCAUGAAUGGUCCAAUGAUGCACAAACAACAAAAACUGAAGCUCUCUCAUACGUUCCUCCUGAGAUUUUGAGCAACAGACCUUAUGAUGACAAAUCUGAAAUCUGGAGUCUGGGCUGUAUCAUCUAUGAGAUGUGCAUGCAGAAGUGUGCUUUUUCAGGAAGAAACACAGUUGAGAUUAUUUCAAAGAUACUGAGCUGCUCCUACAAAGCUAUGCCACAUACCUUCUCUAAGGACCUUCGUCAGCUGGUAACAGACACACUUCAGAUUGAUCCAGCGAAUCGACCGUCUGUCAGUGAGAUCUUGAUGAGGCCUUUCAUUAUUAAACACCUUUAUGAAAAGAGCACACAAACUAUUAAAGAGCUUAAUGUGCGUAAAAAUUAUGAAGACAGUCAAGAGACAGCUAAAGAGGCUAAAGUCAGUCUAAAGGUACUGGAAGAGCUGGCUGAUGGUUUGGAGACAGUCUACUACAACACAACGGUUGGCAGUCUCACAGGAGGAGUAGUAGGCCUGGCUGGAGGAAUCACAUCUAUUGUUGGACUUAUUCUCACUCCUUUCACUCUCGGAGCUUCUCUGAUUGUAACAGGAGUGGGAAUCGGUGUGGCAGUCGCUGGUGGAGUCACAGCUGGUGUGAGCAAUGUGACAAAGAUGGUUAACCAGCGUUCAAACCGCCAAAAGAUCAAAAUGAUUAUUGCAGAGUUACAAGAAAAAAUUACCUCCAUAAGCUGCUGCAUCCAAAUCAUCCAAAUAGCAGUGGAAAUUGAACAAAUGAAAUUAAACAAUAGCAGAAUAUCAUUGUCCAAUGCACAGUCUGAUGAGAAUGUGUUUGCAAAUGCUGGAGCUCGACUUGUACGAGGGCUGGGAGGGAUUUCAGAGCUCAUACGUUUAGCUGAAGUCGCAAGUAUUGGGAAAGUUGCAGCUCAGACCGCAAGAUCUGUUCGUGUUGCUGGAGAGGUUACAGGGGUUCUGUCUGGACUUUUUGUAGCUGUUGAUAUCUUCUUUAUUGCCCUCGACUCCAAAGAAAUUCACAAACUCCGCACUGAUUAUGCUUCAAUGGCGACCAGACAAGAAUCAACCACUAGGUCAGCUGAGAGUGAAUCAGGGCACAGUGACGCACAAAAUCAGCAAACAAAGCUGCAGUCUGAAAUCUUGAAGUUUGUGAUCAAAAUAAGGGACACUGUAGAUGAGCUACAUGAGAAAAUGAAAGAAUUAAAUGAAGAACUGGAAAGACUUAGAACUGAGCUACCAAACAGUUACAAUUAAAAAUUACGAGAGUGGCAGUCUAUAUAACACUCAGUAUAUUCCUUCAGCAUACAAGUAUUGAUUAUAGUAGAAGCACAUAACUGGGAAUAGUUGAGCAUAUAUUCUGGGUUUUUAUUAUGUAAUUUCUAGUAUGG